UUCCACAUGCUCAAAAUAUAUGUAAAAAAUACACUCAGUGGGCAGUUUAAUAAACACUGGAGGAAGCACAUCUGUUGCUAUGCACAAGUUCAGAAUUUAAGCCCUCUAACUCCAAUAACAGAAAGCAACCACUACUAGAUCAGGUCAAUCAGGUUUUAACUGGAAAGCGGUGGCUCAUGGUUAUGGCUGUGUAGUAGUAAUCAAAAGGUUGAGAGGUUAAAUCCCGGCUACAACAGUUCAGUUGUAGAUGCACUAUAUGGGCAAAAGGUUGUGGACACCUGCAAAUCACACCCACGUGCUUUAAAAAAAAAACAUUUUUUUUUUUAGAAGAUCCCACCGAUGUUGGGCGAAGCAGCCUGGGGUGCUUACUUGAUGUUUUUUGUUUUUCUCACUAUUAUGUGUACGUGAAAUACUCAACCAGCCUGUCUGGCACUGACAACCAUGCCACGGUCAGAGUCAUUGAUCAUCACAUUUUCCCCCUUUCUUUUUUUUUUUUUGAUUUGAACAAUAACUUAAGCUCUAUACCUGAAUCUGCAUGAUUUUAUGUAUUAAUGCUGCCACAUGAUUGGCUGAAUGGAUAAUUACAUGAAAGAGCAAAGUGACAGUGUCUUUAUAUAUAGUCACAGUCGUAAAUAUCUAUUCACAUUGCUAGAAUUUUCAGGACUAAUUGUGGUCAGUUUGCUAUUAUAUCACAGCUGGUGAUUAUGUACACUAUGUACAUGCCAGUAUUAUUGUUGCCUACGUUCCUCACUAAUGUCUGGACUUAGCCACCUACAAGUUUUUUUUUAAUCAUUCAGCCACACACAUUGUACUCAUUAUUUUGUGACUGGUGUUCACUGUAAUGCCCAUAAGAUUAGAGUCUGUGAUUUCCAUUAUGUAAUGCCUUCUGAAUGCAAGGCAUUGCAAGUUGUUGGCUCUAGCCCACUGUUGUUCUUGCUAAUCUAUCAACACCUAAAUCAACCUUUAGCAUUUAGUAUGAAUUCAGUGAACUACCCAUUCAAUUCAAUUCAUUGUUAUUUGUAGAGUGCUUUUCACAGUGGACACUGUCACAAAGCAGCUUUACAGAAAUAUAUACAUUUCAGAUCAAAAUUUUAAAUUGAUAAAUUUAUCUGUAAUGAGCAAGCCAGAGGCAACGGUGGCAAGGAAAAACUCCCUGAGAUGAUAUGAGGAAGAAACCUUGAGAAGAGCCAGACUCAGAAAGGGAACACAUCCUCAUCUGGGUGACACCGGAUAGUGUAAUUAUAAAUAAUUCUCAUCUAUAACUGUGUGCUACACGAUAAAACAAAGAGUGCAACUGUGUAAUCAGGAAAUUCUCCACAGUCACAACAUGAAGUCUAUUCCAUUGAAAUGAUGAACUGUCCACCGAUGGAGACUUGAGCUCACAAUCUCGUUGUGCAAUUGUAGUCCAAAAACAUCACCACAACCACAGUCCCAAGACAUUUCACCAGAACUGCCCACAUCAAUUGCAGUCCAGUGCCAUCUCCACGGCUUCCAAGUGUCCCCAGACUGUCCAGAUGAUGCCAUCCUCAGCAACAGUGUUGUACAACUGUUGUGCGUGUCCAGCUAUGAUUGUUCUUCAGGAAGCAAAAGUCUUUUAACUUCUUUAAAGAUAAAAUCAGGCCUGUUUGCCGAUCGCUGGAACUUUGCAUGUUACUGGAUUACGUUUGUGGAUCACGUUUUGGAUUUGUCUGCCUGUCUCUCUCUUAAAUAAACCUGUUUAUACUGUGAUUGCAUCCCGCCUUAUCUUGCGCUCCGUCACGAGACGUGACAGAAUAUUCCGCCCCGCAAUGGAUGCAGCACGAGAACGAAGAGAACGCAGAACCCGGAAGUCCACGCCAAUCAUCCCCGCUUUGGAUUCUAUGCAGUUUUCGCAAUGGACUUUCAUGGACCUUCCCGAUCGGUAUGAUGGCUUCUUUGGUUAUCCGGACUAUUUUAUGAUUGACUGCCAGAGUUACUUCUCAAGCCUGUUUGACCCGAAGCCAAGGGAGAAACAAUGGAUUAAUUUCAUGAUGUCCCGAUUUUUUGGCCCAGCUCGCAAGUGGGCACAGCGAGUAGCAGCCAUGAGACCCCGGGUACUGGAGGACAGUAGGCAGUUCUCGGACCUGUUUCUGAGGGAGUUUGGAGAACCAGGGCAGAGCUACAACUUGGAUGAGCUGUUGAAGGGAGUUAAUGUGGCGAACAGUGCUGAUCUUCCAUUCCACAUGCAUUAUGAGCAGAUGAGCCACCAAGUUGAUGUUAACACGAACAACCAAGCUCUGCGCACACCCAAGCCUGGUAACCAAGUUCUGUUCACGUCCAAGCCUGCGGACCCAGUUGACCAAGUCAUGCUCAUGUCCAAGCCUGCUGAUCAAGUCAUGCUCAGGUUCAAGCCUCCUGACCCAGUUGACCAGCCAAGUUCUGCUCACCCCCGAGUCUGCUGACACGCACAGCCAAGUUCUGCUCACGCCCGAGUCUGCUGACACGCACAGCCAAGUUCUGCUCACGCCUGAGUCUGCUGACACGCACAGCCAAGUUCUGCUCACGCCCGAGUCUGCUGACACGCACAGCCAAGUUCUGUUCAUGCCCGAGUCUGCUGACACGCACAGCCAAGUUCUGCUCACACCCGAGUCUACUGACACGGCCACCCAAGAUCCGCCCAUGCCCAAGGUUCACCUGGUGACCUCAGAGCCUCAGCCUCCCUGUUCAGCUGAGGUUGUCGCUCAGCCUCCCUGUUCAGCUGUGGAAGUCACUCAGCCUCCCUGCUCAGUUGUGGACGUCGCUCAGCCUCCCUGUUCAGCUGUGGACGUCGCUCAGCCUCCCUGCUCAGCUGUAGAUGUUGCUCAGUCUCCCUGUUCAGCUGAGGUCGUCGCUCAGCCUCCCUGCUCGGCUGAGGUCGUCGCUCAGCCUUCCUGCUCCAUGGCGAACGUCGUUCCCCCCUCCUGCUUCGAGGAGACCCACGCUCCUCUCCCUGGCCUCACGGAGACCCACGCUCCUCUCCCUGGCCUUACAGGGGACUUUGCUUCACUUUCCUGCACUCCUGAGUACAGCGCUCUGUUUCCCUGCUCCGCCAAGGAUGUCGCUCCGCUUUCCUGCUCCGCCAAGGACGUCACUCCGCUUUCCUGCUCUGCUGAGGACGUCGCUCCGCUUUCAUGCUCCGACGAGGACGUCGCCCUCCUCCCCUACUCUGCUGAGUACAGCGCUCUGUUUCCCUGUUCAGCCAAGGAUGUCGCUCCGCUUUCAUGCUCCGCUGAGGACUUCGCUCAGCCUGCCUGCCCUGCUGUGGUCGUCGCUCUGCCUUCAUGGUCCGCCGAGGACUUCGCUCAGCCUGUCUGCCCGGCUGUGGUCAUUGCUCUGUUUCCCUGUUCAGCCGAGGACGUCGCUCUGCUUUCCUGCUCCGCCGAGGACGUCGCUCUGCCUUCAUGCUCCGCCGAGGACUUCGCCCAGCCUGUCUGCUCGGCUGUGGUCGUCGCUCUGCCUACCUGUUCAGCUGAGGACGUCGCUCCGCUUCCCUGCUCCACCGAGGACGUCGCUCUGCUUCCCUGCUCCGCCAAGGACGUCGCUCUGCUUUCCUGCUCUGCCGUGUAUGUUGCUCUGCUUUUUUGUUUCGCCAAGAACGCCGUGCGGUCUCCAGGCUCUGCUUGGGACAUUCUGCCCAGGGCGCCAGGGCCGCCAAUGGAGAUGGAUGUUUCAUGGCACUCCGGGAGGAGUGCCCUUGGGGGGGGUUCUGUCACGAGUUCCCCUUUAAGCAGCGCGCUGUGGAGCAUGCGAGCGCGCGUGCACGAGCAGGUGUGGACAAUCGUGACAUUUCGACACGUGCAUUUGUUUAUGUUUCUGUUAUGUCUCCUCCCCGUUCUGUCAUUGGUUGUUGUUUCAUGUGUGUCUGAAUUGCCCUCAGCCGUCAGCCAUUACGAGGCUGAGUAUGUUUGUAUAUAUACCGCGCGCCUCCCAGCACAGGGCGCAGAAUAUUGAGUUAUAGUAGCUUAGUUUAGAGUCCUUACGAUAGAUAACCAUAACCAUAGUCAUAGGUCAUGUCAUGUCAUGUCAUGUCAUGUCAUGUCAUGUCAUGUCAUGUCAUGUCAUGUCAUGUCAUGGUUCAUGUUUAGAGUCAUAGUCAUAGUCCAUGUCAUGUUUCAUGUUUAGGUUCGUUAGUUUAGUUCACGCUGGUUUCUCCGCUACCAGUCCCGCGCUAUUGUUCAUGUUUCUUGUUUUGUUUCUUGAGCCUGUAUUUCUGUGACCGCGACCUUGAUUCUUGCCUCGCCCCUUUAUGCCUGUUUGCCGAUCGCCGGAACUUUGCAUGUUACUGGAUUACGUUUGUGGAUCACAUUUUGGAUUUGUCUGCCUGUCUCUCUCUUAAAAAAACCUGUUUAUGCUACGAUUGCAUCCCGCCUUAUCUUCCGCUCCGUCACGAGACGUGACACCACUUAUGCUUUGUAAAUUUGUAGUAAAUGAAUUUGUACUAAUUGGUACUUACUGAGUCUUCUUGACUUAUUUAUUGGUACUUAUUAAGGCUUUAGUUUCUAGAUUCUUGGACCAUUAAUGUAUAUGGGAUGAUUGACAAAGACAUUGGUGCAACAUUUAGCUCUCCUCUUAGUUUUGAGCCUUAUCGUUGGACACUCACCAACAAUUAUUUCUACCAUUUCCAUAAUAUUGCUUGUGAAGGACUUUUAGAGUCCUUCACUUCAACAUCCCUGCAUAUACAUCUAUGUUAUAUGGCACUGGGCUCCUAGAUGUUCCUCAAGCUUGAACUGUCCAAAUGCGAGGCAUUUAGCAGUUGGAACACCUUGCCUUUAUUUUCCAGAGACUGUUAUUCCACUUUUCCUCGUUAAAAUUGGUGAAAACUUUCUGAUUCCGUCAAUUUUACUCUUAUUCUUUCUCAUUUUAAGUCAAUAGUGGGGUUUUUUUUGUUUGUUUUUUUACCCAUCUAUGUCUAUUAACUGUUUUUGUUCGGAUAUACCCAAUUUUAAUAGACGAGCCUUUUCUUUAUUGGUUUUCAAUAACUCAGUGUAUUAAAAAAGUAUCACAUGAAUGUUUGUGACAGCGAACUGUCUUAGAUGCUCUAAAUGUUGUACUCACCUUUUACAUGACCAGUUUUCCAAGCCAUUUCUUAGAGCUGCUCGGUCUCUUGCAGGAUAUCCCAGAGGUUUGUGAUGGUGGAUGGAUAUGUCUAUUAAACUUUUCGAUCCAAUUCCUCCCAUAGCUGUGUGACCGGGUUAUUCUCAGAUGGCUAAUGACUUACACCCAGCAUUGCCAUCUUCUCAAAAUAUUUAUUUGAGAUGUGUUUGGGACAAUGAUAAAAUAAAGGCAAGGUCUCAAAACAUUUAAUGGUAUGUGUAGAAUUGGGAUACACAACAUUAAAAUUCAUAAAUUCUUCACUUCUGCUGUUGUGGUUCCUCUGAAACUCAUCCUGAUGCUCUACUUCUGCUUCUGCUUAGAGCUUCUCCUUCUGCUCCUGUUGAUGCUCCCACAUGGACACCCUAAAGAUUUGCACUUCCCAAAAACAGUUUAUGCCCAAAUCUCAUCCUUGCUUCAAUGCAUAAUCUCACCUGAAUAAUGUAGACUUGUAUAUAAGAACUGCUGCUGUAACUAUAAAGACUGUCCUGUGCUUGUCCCAGGACACUUAUUCAAAGUCUGCUUACACUGAACACCCUUUACUGUAAUGAUUUAUAAUCUCACUUGUGCGUUAUGUACAAGAGGAGUUCCCUUUUGAGUCUGGUUCCUCUCAAGUUUUCUUCCUCAUGUCAUCUCAGGGAGUUUUUCCUUGCCCCUGUCACUUCUGGCUUGCUCAUGAGGGAUCUAAAUAUAAAUUUACAUCCGGGUUUCUGUAAAGCUGCUUUGUGACAAUGUCUGUUGUUAAACGCCAUGUAGACACCUAGAAUGACUGUCUAUAUUAUACUAUCAUGUGUAUUCAACGUAGCAUAUUAUAGCUGUAUUAAAACAGUACA